AUGCAUAGAUCAUUUCUGAAAUGCGAUGAUCCAAAAGGAGUUGUAGAAUGUGGAACAAUCAGGAAAUACAGGACCCGUUCUCACAAAGUGAAGGACAAGACAAAAAUCCAGAAGACAAGUGAAAACUUGGAGACAUCCUUGAUCAACAACAGAUACAAAGUGAAGAAGGUCGCCAAAGGAUGUGAUGGAAAUCUCAUUGGCCCAUCAUCUUUGCAUCUCACACAGGCCUCCGCAGAGGAUACUGGUUGGAAUAACAUUCUGGAUUCAUGGUCUAGAGAUAUUAUGUGUGAAAGAAAGUCCAAAGAUAUUGCAAAAGGUAAUUUAAGAGGAGCUAUUGGUCGGCAAGAUUCUGUAAGCAUGCUUCGUAAGUUGCAAGAGAAGGCUUCACAGCAUACAGCUACUUUUGGGAGAAAACAGACUAAGAAACCAGAAAGAGACAGAACUGAUGGAAACAGGAUUGGUAGAACGCAGGCUAAUCCAUUAGGGGAACAAAGUAAUCCAAAGGGGUUUCAUAGACCAGAGACUUCUGCUUGUGGUUCUUCAAGUAACUGCAAAGAGGAACUUAAGAAGGUGGUUACGGAGAGUUUAGUUUGGCAAAAUAUGUUUCCAAAGACCACUGAAGGAUUUGAUUCAGGUUCAGAAACUUUUUCUUCAAGCACAAGCCAGUGUUCUGGGGUCAGGACUAACAGCCUUUCCGAUCAUUCUUUAUCAGUAAUAGCUCCAAAGACCGAAAGAGGACCUAGCCUAGUUUUCAAGCUGAUGGGUUUGGAAGAAGCCCCCUCAAAAUCAUUUCCAGCUAUAAAGCAGAAACUGUUGGAUGGUAAGAUAGAUAUGUCAAAGGUAAGAAGGAAAGAUCAUACAGCUGAGAGGGGUAAUCCAGAACAAAAAGGACUGAGGGAAACUCUUGACACUAUGCAUUUCAAAAGUAUUUUGAAGGAGAGGUUUGUCAAAGAUCCUAAGCUUCGUAUGCAUCAUUUCAAUGAUACCAGUUCCAAGCAGUUUGGUGAUUUAUCUCGCAUUGCACUUAUGAAACCUCAAUGUAAUCUUUACCAGGAAUCAGUAAAACGUGCCUAUAUUCCAAUUCUUCCAAAAGACUUUCCCAUAACAAAACUGAAAGCAGAAAUAGCCUCUUCCAAAACUAUCAAACAAAGAAAAGGUUCCAGUUCCGCCAAUAUGGGAAAAGAAAUGGAAAAUGGUAUAAGGAAACGGCUUAACAAAGAGGAAGGACCUAGAUUUCUCGAAGAGAUUAUUAAACUGGAAUCAAAAGGAAGCUAUCCUGUUGAAGAAUAUUCAGGUAAGGUAAGACUGUAUUGUCACAUUGGUCACACAUCACAGGUAAAUGAGACAAUUGAUAGAAAAUGGAAGGUACAGCCCAUUAGUGGAAAACAGCCAGAAAAGGAUAUCUCACAACCUACAACUGUGGCAAAACCUCAAUAUCAACGACGAGAAAUCCCCUCCACAAAAUUGAGGAAGCUAAGAAGUGGAUCUAGAAUCGACAAGAAUGAGAUUUCCUACCUAAAGAGCACAGGUUCAAACAACACCUGCACUCAAGAAACUAAGAAUUCCAAGGACCUUAAUGUUGAGAUUAAAAAAAUUAAUUCUGUGGUAGAUUCCUUAACAGGUAGAACGAAUCAGAUGAAAAACCAAAUCCCUGUUGCUGAGCCAGAACCAGCUAAACUAACUGUUGAACAAAUCAUGCGAAGAGAAAAGAAGAAAAUUUUUCCUGAGAUUAGAAUCGCCACAAGACUAGAAGAUGAACUCCUGAUGUUGUGUGAAGCAGAUGCCUUCAUAAAUAAGAUUGGAGAAAAAUGCAAGCAGAGGAAGAAUUCUUCAGGCAAUGAUCUCAUUAUGCCACUGAGAUCUGAACAUAUAAAUGAUGCUAUCGCUGCUUAUAGCAUUGAUGCUGGGAAAGAGGGGACAGAGCUGAAACAUUUUCUUCUAACAAGUCCAUCAUUCAUAGGACAUGCAAAGAAGCUCUUCAAUCUAGACGUGGAUUAUCCCAACACCCUACAAAAGAAUGAAACUAUUUACAGCAUGCUCAAUCUUAGGCUUUAUUUGGAUUGCGCUUAUGAACUGAGUGAACGUAAAAGUCUUCAAGAGUCUCAAGUAGCUCGUUCUCUCUUGCUAGCAUGUGGGGGGAACUCAAGAUUACAAAUGUCCUUAGGCAGGUUGGUGGAAGAGAUCUGUGAUGGCAUUGAGAAUCUGAAAUUUUACAAAGAAGAUUAUGAUUCUGGGGCGGAAGGUUUUGAAGACAAUGAUGUGUUUGCAAUGAUGGAGAAAGACAUGAAGUGCAAUGGAGAGACGAAUGGUAUGUGGGAGAGUGGUUGGAAGCGAGGCUUUUGUGCAGACGAGGCUGGUCUCGUUGUCAAUAAAAUAGAGAGCCUGCUUAUAACUGGAUUAAUUGAGGACCUUGUCAUCAAUUUAUGA